AUGGUAGAAGCUUAUAAACUUGAUGAUCAAAGAAACCUACCAUAUUAUAAAAAUGAUUAUUAUUGGUUCUCUCUCCAUUUCUUGGUGUCAAGUAUUGUGGUACUGUUAGUGGUUUCAACUUUCAUAUUACCAUUAUUUGGGAUCCAAGUGAUUACAGAUGAUCGCCGAGUUAUUAUAAAUGAUUUAUUACCUGAAAGGAAGACUAUACUUUAUGCACAAAGUUUCUUCUUAAUGGGGAUGUUGUUCACAUACAUUGGAUUGCUGUUUUAUAAUGAAGAUGUGUUAAGAGCACCGUUGAAUGAUUUAAGGACAAUAAUUGAUACAAAAGGUAAGAUAGCCAUUAUAGAUGAUAAGAAAGAGUUCUUGAGCGAGUAUGCAUCAAAGGAAUCCAGUGGUAUUAUAGAUCUACCAAUUAUGGAUGUAUGUGAAGUGUUAUAUAGAUACAGGGAAGAAGAUGGCGAAAAAGAAAACUAA